UUGAUUUCUACAGUCAGAGCCCGGAGUUCGUCAUGAUUAACAUAAUAAUAUUUUGUGUAUUUGUCACUAAUGCAUAUGGAUAUUUUACUAUUCCAGGCAAAUGCCCAGAAAAUGUAGCCGUGCAAGAGGAUUUUCGGUUAGCUGAUUUCUACGGCAAAUGGUACCAAGCAUACCACUACUCCAGCGAUGGCCAGAACCUCAACAACUGUUCCACUUUAGAACUGAUGACCAGACCUUCAGGGAUCUAUCUGAACCAGUCCAGAAUUGACAGAGGUCUUUUCCAUCGGUACAGCAUUGGAAAGAUUGAGAUACCAACAAGAGUGGAAGGCGCAGCUAAUUUAGAACUGAUUUUCGCUUAUAAGAAUGCUCCUCGACGAUUGAAGACGAGGAAGUAUCCGUUCAAGGUGUUAGCUACAAACUACAACUACUAUGCAACUGUGUAUACUUGUCAAUACAGUCCGCUUAUUGACAAACACUUUAUGUACGUGUGGAUACUAUCCAGAAAUCCAUCACUAAAUGUAGUUUCAAAGGAAUUAGCGAUGAAACCUCUACAACAGUUUGGUGUGAAUAACAGUAUUCAAAGGAAUAUGGUCAAAGAGGAUAGGAACAAAUGUGUGCCAAAAUACUAUGAUGAUGUACCAUUGGAGCCUAUGACUUUCAGAUUUCCAGUACCAAUAUAAUAUUGUACAAGCCAAUUGAUAGCCAGAUCCGAAAAAAUAAGGAAAUUGUUGAACGUAAAAGAAAGAUGCAACUAAAAAUAACUUGGAAAGAUAAAAUUAAAACAACCUUUUUUUUACAGAAGAAUUUAAAAAGAUGACAUUAGAUGAUUAAGAUAAAACUGUGAUGCAAAUGUUUGAACAUAAUAUUAUCCGCGAAUUUAAACAGUUA